AUGGCGGCCCUGGGCCAGGUGGCGGACGAGCUGGUGAAGGUGCAGGUGGCGCUGAACGCGAUCGCCGGGAAGAGGGAGAGGAUCAAAAUCCUGUUUAAGAAAAUUGAAGAUGUCAUAAAAUACCUGGACCCUCAGUACAUUGACAGGAUGGCUGUUCCAGAUGCCAUGAAGCUGCAGUUCAUCUUGGCAGAGGAGCAGGUUCCUCUUCCUUCCCGAGCAGCCCUUCUGGAGCAGGUGAAGAACCUCCAGCCCAUCUUGGACAGCACCAGUAUCCAAGCAGUUCCUGACCAUGCAGCGAAGCUACAGCGACUGUCCCAAAUCCACAUACAGCAGCAGAAACAGCGUCACGAUCUCACCGACAGCAUCAAGGCACUCCUGGAAGACUACAACAAAGUGACCCUGCUGCUUUCCAAGCAGUUUGUCCAGUGGAAUGAAAUACUGGCACGGCUGGAAGCGGCCAAGGAAGCGAAACCCGUGGCAGAGUGA